UGACCUGGGCGAAGUCGUGUGUUGGUCUGCAAGUGAGGUUUUCGUAGUUUUAAGUUAAGAAUAUUAUCAUUGUAUGUAUUUUACCAUUCUUUGAUAUAAGAAAGAGUUAUAAAAAAUCAUUACCAAAUUGCUAAAGAACCUCACGGAACCAGUUGCGAUCUUCGCGUAAUAGUACAUUACUUGGCAUUAACUUUCAAAAUCAGUGAAAUACAGUUUUGAACAUUGACUAUAACUUCGUCAAGACCAAAGGGCGUGGUUAACAACCACCUGCCUAAAUGUUGAUCACAAUUUUGUGUUAGUAGGCCUACCAUCUGGUUUAUUGUUCAUACUGUUGAACAUUAUUAAAACAUUUUCAUCAAUUUUAUAACAUUACCAUUAUGGAUCCUCAAAUAAUUGCAAUUGGAGCAGCAGGAUGUGUUCUCUCUGCUAUUUUAAUUUAUCUUAUAUCUGUGUUUGCCAUGAAAGAAAAAACGUUUGAAGAAGUAUUGGAAGAACAGAGAAGAAGAAAUGAAGAAGAAAAAUUAAAAUUGAAGAAUGAAAAGAGAGCUGAGAAAGAACAUAAAAAAAAAUUUAAAAAAGGGAAGGAUAAGUCAAAAGAAAAAGAGAAAGGCAGUCAGGGUUCUGACACAGAAUACACGGUUGAACAAAAAAUGGUUAAUUUGGAAAUUGAACCCGAAAUUAUUGAGCCAACUGAAACACUUUCUUUGACAACUAAAAAAUCAAAGACCAAAAAAUCUCAAAAACCAAUUCUUCUGAAUAAAGAGGAGAAGCCCUUGAUUGCUACUGACAAGCAAAGCAAAGAAUUGCAGCACAAAACCAUUGCUCCCAAGGAUGAAGUUGAAUUGAAACAUGAACAUGCGCAAAGUACUACCAAGGAAAAGGUUACAACUGAGCAUACAAAAGUAACUGCAACUAAGGAUAAGCAUACCACUGAACAGCAGAACAAACCUUCCAAGAAGAGUUCUGAUGUUAAACCAGAAAAGGUGGAAGAAAAGGUUAUUAAGGAGAAAGCUGCUAAAAUAGAAAAACAGGCAGAACGCACUGUGGAGACUGCAAGGAAGUCGCAUGAUGAACCUGAUAAGAAACGCUCUAAGGCUAAAAGUGGAACAGUUUCAGAGGAAAGUCGUCCGUUGAAUGGCACUAGUCUGCUGGCCACUGUGGAGAGUGCGACUUUGAAUAGUCAAGAGAUUCAGGCACUCAUUGAUGUUCUGCUGAAUCGUCAAGGUUCUGAUGCUCGCAGCAAGGACUGGAACAAAAAAAGUCAAAAAGGAGACCCAAUGUUUUUGUUGAAGAAGCAGCUGGAAGAAAGAGAGCGGUCUCUUCAGCAAGAGCAAGCGCUGGCGAUGUCUGCCAACAGCAAGAUGAAGGAGCUUAACCAGCAGUUGUUGACUGAGAAGACGAAGUUAUCUACCCUGGAGAAGUGUUACCAGGAGAAGGUGGGGCAUCAGGCGCGUGAGAUUGAGGCCCUGCACGCACGCAUGCAGCAGAGUCACGAGCAGCAUCAGCGCGAGAUCAAGAGUCUACAGACCACCAUCCACCAGUACGAGCAGUCCAACGACCGCGGCAUGGUCCAGAAACUGCAAGAGGAAAAGAAGAUACUGACAGACACUAUUGCUAAAGCAGCAGUCCCAGCUACAGCUGAAGUGAACAGCUUGAAACAGAAAGUUCAAAUCAUGGAAAAGGAACUCGCUAGCAAUGUGGUCAAACUGAAUGCAUCAGAAAAAUCCAAGUCAGCUCUGGAAAUGCAGCUUGCUAAAUCUGGAGAAGAAUUGAAAAAAAUUAAAUCUGAACAGAAAGAUGCUUCUGCUUUACUGUCCAAGAAACUUGAUGAAGUGAAUAAAGAGCUGAGAAAGUCACAGGCCAACAAUGAAAGUCUUACGAGAGAGAAACGCAAAGCCAGCGAUGAAUCUCGUAAAACAAUUGAAGCUCUCGGCACAGCUCAGAAUGAAGUGAGAACCCUCAAGACGAAACUUGAAGAACUUCAGACUCAUCUGAAGGCAAAUGAUGUUUCUAAAGAACUCGAAGGAAAAUUACGGGAGACAGAAAGAAAGAAGUCUGAUUUAGAAGGAAAUGUGAAGAAUUUGGAAAAACAGUUGGUUGAUUCUACCAAGAGGUAUACAGAACUGGAAAAACAAUUACAGGAUUUGCGUCAGAAGAACUUCUCUCUGAGUGAGGAGUUGAAGGUCACGAAGGAGAAUCGGACUAAAGCGGAGACGACGACCACACCUGCUGGAACUGUCAAUGGAGAUGUGAACAAAGAUGUAGAAAACCUUGAAAAAAUUUUGUCUGAGAAGACUGGAGAAAUUGACAAAUUGAAGACAGAACUUCAGAACACAAAAGCUGAGCUGUCGUCUUUAGGGGAACAGUUGGAUGCUCAGAAGAACAAAAAUAAUGAAUUACGAGAAAAGAAUUGGAAAGCUAUGGAAGCUUUAGAACAGGCUGAAAAAGCUGUAACUGUUAAAGUUGAUAGUGCUGUUAAAUCUGUUCGGGAAAAGGUCUCAUCAGAAGUCUGUGACGUCGAAUCACUCGACAAGGGAAUUCUUCAGAGGCUAUUCCCAAGUGUUAAAGUAAAUGAGAAACUGAGUCAUAAAGAGUGGGUGAAGCAGUUUGAAAAGCAAGCAUCUGUGAUGACAGCCAAAGUUUCUGAACAAACAAGUCGAAUCCAACAGCUGGAGUCAGAAAAUACACACUACAAAACAGUUGUUAAAGAAACAGAAAACAAAUUACAUCAGCUGGAAAGCAGUAUAGAAUCAGAAGAAAAGAAGUGGAAAGAUAAACUUCAGCAAGCUAUGGGUGAUUCACAAAAGACUGUCAAACACCAAGAAAGAAUAGAAGAAUUGGAAAAAGUCAAUUCUACUUAUGAAAAACAAAUUAAGGAAUAUAAAACAAAAUUAGAAAAAAUAGAACAACAAUUGGUCCAGAUACAGUCAAGUGCCAAAUCUCAGGAAGAAUCUGUUGAUACAAAACAAGUGUUAGAAAAGUGCUAUCAGCUCGAAAUCCGAAUUGGAGAACUGGAAGAUGAAAACACAGAAUACCAAAAACAGAUUGAGAAUUACAGAAAUAUUUUAUCAUCAACUGAGAAACAGUUGACUCACCUUGAGACUAGUGCUAAACAGGAGGAGGAGAGGUGGGCAGCAAGGUUACAGGAGGAACAGUCUUCAUUAAAAAAGUCCAAGGAGGAGAUUGAAACCUUGCAACAGCAGCUAAAGAAGUUCAGAGGCAGUACUGAGGAUGUAUCUGAUUUGGGUUUUGCCUAUCGAUGUGUAGAAAAAAGCCUUCCUUUAAUUAUAGAAGAGAUGGAAUCGAAGGUUGAAGUUUUAGAGAAUCAGCUGAAGAUGGCUGAAGAAACGUGCUCAUCAUUACAGAAAGAAGCUCAAGAUAGUAAAGAGAAAAUAAUUGUUUUGAAUAAGCAGAUCGAAACAGCUAAUUCAUCGACUGCUGAUUUGGAAGAACUGAAGAGGCUUUUGGCGCUCGAGAAGAAAAAGACAAAGGAUUUGUCGACUAACCUUGUCAAACUGAACGGCAUAAUUAAGACGGGACAGGAUGCUUUAAAACAGGAGCAGGAUGCUGUGCAGGCACUCCAGAAACAGCUGGAGGACAAGAAUAAAGCAUCUGGUACAACUGCUGACAAUGAAGCUGAACAGUUGAAAGCUAAACUUGCUGAUAAAGAAAGACUCCUUGACCAUGAAAUUGCUGCUAAUAAACAACUUAGUCAGAGAUUGGCUCAACUAGGGGUUUCGACUGCUUUAGUGGGAAAUGAUGUUGGAACAUCCGUCUAACCGUGGACUUGCUUCAUUGCCCAUGACAUUGAAUGCGACCUUCAACUGCUCCAAUGAUGAAUGUCUCGUAUCACCAACCAACAUUACAUCUCAUGCCAGACCAAUCUCAAAUACUUUAAAAAUAGAUCAUCAUUAAUGUGGACUUUUUAUCCAUUAUGGCAUAUACGUACAUGUAGUUUAAACACUUACAAUAAGAUGGCAAACUGGUACAUGCAUAUUUAUUACCGAGUGUGCACAGUGUCUUGUCUUCCUGUGGUAAACAUAAUAACUAAUGGAGAACAUACUCCAUGACUAGAUUUGUUAAUGACUUACCUAAAGGUAAAAUUAUCUUCUUUUUUUUUUUUUCUUUUUCUUUUUUUACAGUACCACUGGGUUGUUUUAUUUUUAUUUUAUUUGUUCUUUUGUUUUGUAUACUCUUUUUUUUUUUGUGUGCAUAACAUGUCUUUUAAAAGCUUUUAUCAGCUUAUAUAUGAAAAAAAAUCUCAGUAUUGUAUCCAGUAAGGUUGAAGUUUAUUCAUUAAUUGAUUUUAAUAUAUCAAUUGGAUAGGGUUUAAGCCUUAAUGUCUUUUCAGUUUUAAUUUGGCAUGACAGUUUGGCAAUAUUCUUUGACAGAUGGAUAGACAAUCUCUAUUUCUGAAAAAACAUUUGAAGUUUAGCAAGUCUAAGUUUUGCAUUGUGAAAGAAACCUAGUUGAGAUGCCAGAUUAAGAUUCACAAGUAAACGAUGCAUCUGAUUUCAUAUUAGUUCUUUUUCACUUCACUUUGUCUUCCCUAGAAGCAGAUUAUUUUAAUGAUCAAACUAACCAGCGUGCUAUUCUUGCACUGUAUAUAGCAUACUUCAAAUUAACAUUUAUAAUGUUAUUACAGUAGUAUUACCAGUUAGUGGUGUUAGUCUCAGUCUCUUUGUUUUCAGUAUGAAUUUUUUUUUUUUAAAUGAGACGUGCUAAACUACCAAAUAAGACAAAUCAUUAAAGUCUGGACAUAUCUUCAUAUAGACAUAUCUAGAUUUCAGUUUGGCAGUAUCAUUUGUUAUAAUGAAUAUGGUUCAGUUUUAAAAAGUCAUUAGCUCUUAAUUUAUUAUUUAAUACUUUCUAUUAGUGAAUUGGUAAAAAAAAAAACCUCACCAAAAAACUACAAAUUUUGUAUUCCUAUUUUAAAUGUUGGCCAAUAUUUUAAUUGGUACUUUAACCCAGAUAAAAACUUGGCUAAAUAUUUCUUUGUGGUUAUCCUUUUUAACCUUUUUCAUUUUGGUGAAUGAUAAAUCAAAAUACAAAUCUUAAAGCAUUUCACAUUAAUGUAAAAGUAGUUUUAAACUUGUAGAAUAAAUUGGUUUCUCAUCGAUGAAAUUUUAAAUAUUACUAAAUUGUUUGACAUUUGUUUAUCAUGUUUUGUUGAGCCUGUUUUCUUGCUUGCUUAAUCUGGGACCAUGUGACAAGAUGUUAAAGUGUUUGCUCAUACCGUUUUAAUAAUUUCUAGCUGUGAAAUGUUCAUUACAUUAUUUAUCUUCAAAGAAUUGUCAACAUAUAUUAUUAUAAAUUCAUAAUCUAAACUGUUGAUGUUUUUAAAGAAAGUAUGUUCAGAGAAAUAGUGCUUGUAAAUAACCUAUCACAGGAGUUGUUUCUUGUUUAAUAACUACCAGGAAGACAUACGUAUUUUUCUAUUUGCAUUAAGCAAACUUCAUUGAUUCUUCAAUGAAGAAAAGGGUGUGUUUUUCUUCUUUUUUUCAUUGUAUUUUAAAGAUUAGCUUUCAGAACAUGGUAAUUUGCUAAAAUCUAACUGCAUAUUUUAAACCUGGUUUGAUUCAUAGGCUUAUUAUUUAGUUCUUGAAAGCAUAACUUAAAACAAUAUUGAAAUGAAUGGCACAUGUCAUGUUUGUUGGGGGUUUUGUAAGCAAAAUGUUUUGGGUUUUCUAAAUAUGGUCUUGUAUGGGGUGAUGAUUCCCUUAAAAGCAUUGCAAAGUUAACAUUUUAAACAUUAAUUAUUUGUUUGUUUAAUGAGGACACUGCUGUGUAUAAUAAACUGUUAAGCAUAAUUGAGAUAAUUUGCUAAAUUUGUGGCAUGUUUUUAGCAGCAAUGGCAUUUAGUUUCCUAGCGGAAACACCUAACUACAGCAGCUAAUUCUGUGAUGUUUUUGUAUUUGUUCACAUUUGUGCGUGUGGUCUCGUCUUGCCAACUUUUAGAUAAAAUGCAUGUCAGUGAUUUUUGUUCAGUCUAUUGUGAAACUUUAUUUAACAAAAUCUUUGUUAUGAAAUCGUUUUAUAAAUUAUUUUACUCAGUGUUACUUUUGGUGGUGGUUAUAAUGACAUUGUAGCACAAUAUGAACAAUAAUUGUACUGCAGAACAGUAUACAAGUAUCAUACUACAUUUGUACUUUUUAUUAAUCUUGUUCUAAAGCGUUAUUGGAUAGGCUUAUUUGUGAAACAUGCACAUCAGCAUUCUCAUGUAUUGGACGACUAAUCAUCCAAAAUAACUUACCACUCGUGAUUCUCAAUCAAACUGUGUCCUUGUCAUUGCAUUAAACUAUACAUUCUAAAAUUGCUGGACAGACCAUUUGAAAAAUUCCUAUCCGAGGAUGAGAAGUAGUUCUGUUAUUGUGAACACGUAGAAUACAGUACAGUAGUACUGGUAUUCUAAACUGUUGGAAUAGUUAAUGAUUUUUUAUGGGUUUUUUUUUUAAAUCAGUGAUUUAUUUCUUGUUAUAUUUGUUCUGCUGAAGUUGUGUACAUUAUGUGAAUAAUCACAAAGUGUUUUUCUUUGUAUUUUUCAGUGAUAACUUUAGCAAAGAAAUUUAUAAAAAAUUGUUUUGCCUAUAAAUGAUUAAAAAUUUGUCUUUGAUGAAUUUUCUUGUAUCAACAAAUUUCUGAUUACUGUAGUGAAUUUGUCUUGUUUUGAAGAAAGUGCAAUAUAGUUGUUUUUAUUCUCCAGAAUAGAAAGAUUUCAUGAAGACUACAAAAAUUAAUUUAUGAAAACUGCUGAAGUAAUAGUCAGAGUAAUAAACAUGUAUUUAUGGUGACAUAUUGUAAAUCUUCUGUAUAAGACAAUUAUUAGUCUUUCAUUAUGGCACAUAAUGGGUUGCGUAUUCCACUUUAAAUAGUUAAUGUUUUGGUCAACAUUCUCCACCAAUGACACUUGGUUUUAAAAAAUGUUUCUGCUAUGCAAAGCAGUCAAAUUGGUUAAAAUAUUCAUAAAGUAGACUUUGAAUCCAAUUGUGAGAGGUAUUUUCAUUUUUUAAUAUCAACACAAUUUAUCUGUACUAUAACUUGUGAGAUGCCCUCUUGAAGCAAUGGCUAUUCUAAUGAGUGCUUCACUAUUCGACCAGAAAGUGGCACAAAGAUAAAACAUUGAUUCUUGUGUUGAUUACUUUGACUAGCAUAUUUAUGAACUAAGUAGGAAAGUUUGCCUUUAUUGCCAUGGUGAUUGGUGCUGAUGCAUAAUUGCAGUGAGAGAGUAGUUUAGAAAUUAUACAUUUUUGUUAUUAUGUACAUAAUUAGACAACUGAUAAAUAGGGUAAAGACUGAAACAAGUUUAAGAAUGCAUUAGAUUACCAGCAGUAGAAAUGGUUUGGGAUUUUGCAGUUUUAAAGCAUUACAUAGUUUUGUUCAGUUUUCAUCCUUUCCCAGUAAAGGUCACUUUUUGAUUGUGUAGCUUAUUUGAUCCAGGUGACAUCUUGCAAUGAAUUGCAUGGACGAGUAUAUUAAUAUAUUUAUAUAGAUAUGGGUUCAUUAUUUGUCUUUGUUGUUGAGUUCUGAAAAACCUCAGAUGACUUACACGUCAAAUAUAUUGACAGGUCAGCUGAAUGGAACUAAACUACUCAACUUUCACUAGGGAUUUGUUAAAAAAACAUUGUAAGUAAAGCAACUGCAUUUAUUAUUUGAUGGAUGACAAAUCUAACUUUCACAAUGCAUUACUACUGUGAUGUAUUGAACAUCCAAGGAGCAUAGUCUCAUUGAUCAGAUGUUGCGCAAAUUGUUUAUCAUGACAUAUUUUGUAUAUCCCGAGCAAAAGUUGAGUAGUAUAUAUUAGUACUGUUGUGUACUCUAGUAACGAUGGCAGCCUUUCUGGUUCAUACAUCAUGUUACAAAUUUACUUUUUACAUAUCUAAUUGUGUGGUACCUUGCGAUGUAGAACUGCACACAGGACUGGGCUUCAUGUAGAUAAUGAGAGUAUAUCAUUCUGAAUGGGACCAAGUCUUGAAAUGAGGACCAAAUUUUGGUUUCGUGAUAAGACUGUUGUCUCAGGUCACACAUUACUCAGUUUGGUUCUGAUUUGAAAAAAUAAAUUAAAAUGAACAUCUUAUUAUUAAUGGAGCUGCCUUUUUUUGUUCUUUUUUUUUCUUCCUUUUUUUUUGUUGUUGUUGGAUUAGAAAUUUUUAUGUUUUUGUCUACCGUAGUCUGUUUUGCUUAAUGUUUAUUUUAUUAGUGCAUACAUUUAUUUUGCUGCAUUACUUCACAAUGUGGUAGCCAAAACAACGGGGGAAAUAAAUACGAGUUGCACUUUUAAACUGAAUAUCUGGUGGGAUGGGGGGGGGGCAGGGGGGAGACAGAUUUAUUGUCCUCCCUAGACCAGUUUCAUAAAAAUAUUUAACAAUAAAUGCCAAAACAUAUGCCCCAAAAGCAUGCCCAUGAUUGAUUUUUUCUAUGUUGGUAAUGGUGAGUAAAUUGUAUACAAUUUUACAUUGAAUUAUUUACCAUUAUAUACAGUAAAAUAUGUUUUGUCCUGUCUGAAUAUAUUUUAAUAAAAUUAAACAUUUUAUAAUUAGUGAUAUUAUUGAAAAUGGAUAAUAGAUGAUACAAAUCAUAAUUGUUAACAGUUGUGUUCAGGGAAAUAAAUGUCUCUGGAUAGAAGUUUUAUAACUCGGCCAGUGUCAAAGGUGUGGGUACCGCUAGUAAUUUUUUUGGGAGGAUUGUAUAGGCAUUCACUUGGCUCCUUCAUUACAUGAUUGGACUGACUUUAGAAAGAUUUUCUGUACUAAAAAAAAAUAAUAAAAUAAACCCAGGUGAUAUGCUAGACAUUUCUAGUCAUUACGUUAGUAUCCAUUGUCUUUUUAACUGGCACUGUCAGAUUCAAACAAUGUAAAUAUGUUGGUUACCAUGUGUAAUUAUUAUGUAGAUAGAUAAUUUCCUAUUAUUGGUUUAUUUUAUCAGAUAUGAUGCACAUCCCAGUUGAUGUGCGACUGAUUGUAGUAAAGAUAAUAACAAUGAAUGGCGGCAUUCAACUUAGAAAGUUCAUGAAGAUGACGGUGAUCUGUCUGUAGAGCUUGGUCAAUAAAACUGAAGCUCAA